GCUAUCACUGCGGCGGGUAGUGCUUAACUCUCUACCUUUCUUACCACCCACUGUUCCAGAAGUAGCCACGCAGUGUCUCCUUGUGUCUAGCUAUGCCUAUCGCUUUCGUUUACACCUAUUUAUACAACAAGGGGCUAAAGAGUGCACUGACUAUGACCCAAUGCCACCCCAUCACCAAACACAGGCGGCUUAGCUCUGGGUGAGCGCGGCAAAAUGCUACAGCUCGAGAAAGAUCAAGAGCAGAUGAGCAGACUGUCCUUUCAGUCUUUGGGGGGCGCCUCGUCUCGCUCCGUCCUUGGUGCUGGACCUGGAGCCACGCCAGUCACGAUCACACCCGCGUGCUCGCAGUCCUCAACCUCUGGGCAGCCCGGCGCGUCGACGAUUGACAACGAUACUAUCCGCAUUGGCAGUGCAGUUGCGAGCACUGGCGGCGGUACAGCUGCGAGUACUGGCGGUGGUACAGCUGUGAGUCCGUCGAGCCUGAAGCCGAAGGCAGACGGUGAGGGGGCAUCUGGUAAGCCUCCAGUGUCUUCGCCUCCCAAGAGCCAGGGCGACAGCUUCUUUGCGGUACUAUCACGCUGUUGCUUUCAUUGUUAUCCCAGCUGUCUCGUGUUACUAUGCACUCAACUGGUGCCUUGGUGAUUAACUACGUGACUUUAACACAGACGUCAACUAUCACUCCACAAAACACCCCAUACCCAGGCGUUCGAGAAGGAGACAGUUCUCUCCCCUGCGCAAUAUGCGGAGAAAAUGAAAGAGGUC